ACCGGCGUCCUGCGCGCCUCUUAAUUGCGCAUCAGGCAUUAAGGAGAGAUCACGGAUCACAGUUUCAUUACCAGUGGAGGCGGAUUUACGCUGCCUCGAAGCUGGGACGGGGUUGCUUCACGUCCCACUAUUUACGGCGUCAGUGCUGAGGGAGGAAAGGUGGGCGCAGAGGGGUCCAGAGGUCCAGCAAAGGGUGGCGCCCUGCGCAUGUAGUCCAGCGCCUGUGCCGCUUCCCAGGGGCCGGGGGACCCACAGCGACACGAUCGGCGCCUGCAGUCCGCUGUUUGGGCACCACUGGCUUCUUUUUGCAGCUCAUGAUUUUGACAUUUCUAAACGGGGACUGGCAUCAUGUGCGCCUGGAUGGUGUGAAGUGUGACACGGCGGCUUUUGGGUUGCAUUUCUCUCGGAUACGCCGAGUAGGCUGCCCGACGUUACGGUGCACCUUGUGCAAUAGAGAACCAUGAGCACUGUGGAGGAGGAACCGGAUCACAUGAUACCAUGAAGACAAGCCUACAGGUCCUGCGCUGCCAGCUGCUGAGUGUUCUAGCAUUCCUAGCACUGCCAGCAGGACUGGUGUCAUCAGCACAGGAGCUGUACCUCAGCCAGACCUCCCAGGACCCUGUCUAUAUGGCAGUCACCCACAGCAGCCCCCUAUCUCCCCCCAAACCUCCGCCCCUGGACUGGCAUCAAGAAGGGUCGAGUAGUGGGGACUGGUCACCCAAAGGCAUGCAUCCCACAAACAGCCUCCUUCCUGUGGCUGCUCUUCCCCCUUUACUCUUGCAUCAGCUUACCCAAACUUCCAGCUUAGCUCAAGAGGCUCCUCCACUUUAUGACACAAAUACUGUCAUCCCAAACACUGUGAGCACCGACAGCCACGUGAGUCAUCCCAGGGAGCCCAGCUCUGAUGUUGUAAAUCAAGGUCUCGUGCGCAAAUUGGUCAGGGCCCACAACCCAGUUACAGUCAGCACUAACCAGGCCAGCAGCAGCAGUCCUAAAUUUCUCAAUGCAGAGAUCCCAAAUAUAGAUGUGGAAUCUGCUGCUAGAGGGGCCCCAAACCCCCUGGCUCCUUUGUUGAGCUCCGGAUCAGACAGAGGGGAUGCACUUGAUGCAUACCACAAAGAGCCUCAGAAACUGAGUCUAGAGGAACUCAGGCGGCACCAUCUCCAACACCUGCAGCCCCCUUCUUCUCUCUCAGUGGACGCUGAUGCUGCACGAGGCCUGAAACUCAGGGAGCAUGCUGUAGGAUCCCCAGAGAUAGCCCUGCACCACACCAUCACCCUUCGCGAGGUGCAUGGAGUGAAAGAGCCCCCCACUCCUGAGCUGAACAUUACCACAGUCAAGGAUCCACCACAAAUUCAAACUGUCACUGCAUCCACUACCCUGUCCACUGAGACGAGUGUCACAACACAGAAUAUAACACUCACACCAGUUACUCACACUACAGCAAAUGAGACCACCACUGUGGGAGGUCAAGGUCUAAGUUCUGUUCAAAGUAAAAGCACUGACCCGUUAGGGAAUGCAACUGCAACUGCACAUGGGGAGCACCUCUCUAAGAGCAGCUCAGUCAAGGAGAAGCAGCAGGGGAACAGCUCAGAGCCCGCUUCCACAACCAGCGGAAACUUCCAGAACAGGCAGGUGCCAGCCACCAGCCACGGCCCCCCGAUACCCGGCAACAGCUCAGGCGCUACUGUAGACCCCACAUCAUCCCAAAAGCUCAUCUGCUUGGGCAGGAUGACCAUCGUGUGGAUCGUGUUGGCCAUCAGUGUGCUUGUGUCCUCGUGUUCUGUGCUGUUGACUGUGUGCUGCAUGAGGAGGAAGAAGAAGUCAUCAAGUCAGGAGAACAACCUCAGUUACUGGAACAACGCCAUCACCAUGGACUACUUCAGCAGGCAUGCUGUGGAGCUGCCCAGAGAGAUACACACUCUGGAGAGUGAGGAUCAUGACACCUGUCUACCCCCUAAUGGAGACUACAGUGGCAGCAGCGUGGUCCUGGUUAACCCUUUCUGCCAGGAGACCCUCUUCAUCAACAGAGACAAAGCUUGUGACAUAUAGACACAGAGAGGCUCAGUGGAUUGCCCUCCUCUACUGCCCCUGCUGUUCUUGUCCAUUUUAUAUAUGUGGUAAAUAUUCAGAGACUUUGACUUUAUACUGUAUAUCACAAACAACCUGUAAGAAGAGCGAUGUAAACAGACACUAUUUACUAUGAGGAUGCACCCGCGUAUUUUUCUGAUGUACAUUUUCUACAAAAGGCUUAAUUGUGAUAAAGGUUUUUAUUGUCUUUAUAAAAUACAGAGUAUAUGUGGUUUUGUUUCAUUGCAGUGGCUUGAUGGUGAGUGCACUGUGGAUGUUGCCACAUGAAAUCUGCUUUAAAGAGACACAAAUAUGCUAUGAAAAAAAAAUUAAAGCUGUUCUUUGUAAGUUUAAUUUUCCUUUGAAAUCAAUCCCUAAAUACUUAUAGCCUGUUGAACUUGAAUAUAGCACCUACAUAUGUGUGGGGGGAGGACAGAUGUGUGGAAGAAUAAUGUGUGUGAAAUCUGAGCCUGUAUUUAUCAGAUGUGAAGACAGACAUUAAAAGGCCCAAACCUCAAGAGCAGCAUGCUCAAACUAAUCAGACACAGACUUGCCCUACAUCAAGUACGCACAAUACAGUUUAAGAUCCACCUAUGUUUUUUUGACCCCUUAUACCAACUUAGGGUCACAGAGGGACUGGAGCCUCUCCCAGCUGUCGUAGGGUCACAGAGGCAGGUCACCCGUCAAUCACAGGGCUGAAACAGAGAGACAGUUAAGCAUUUAACCUGAGAUCACUGUGAAAGGAAGCCGUACACCAGGAGGACUAGGAGGUCCGAAUUAGGGACCUUCUCACUUUUAGGAGAUGGUGUUAACCAUCCUGAUUAUUAAACACACAUAAUAUCAAACAUGUAAAUUAAUUUGCAAAUCAAUGGAGUUGCCCAACUCCUCAUCAUCCUCAACAAUCAAACAAUCUAUAUGUGACUGAAGUGCAGACUUUCAGCUUUCAUUCAAGGGACUUCAAAGUAUUGCAUUAACUCUAGGAAUUAUAGGCAUUUUUAUAUGCAGUCCUGUAUUUCUGAGGCAUCAAAGCAAUUGAACAAGCAGCAAUUGGAAAACAAGAUUCAUGGCCAGGUUGGUGCCUGUUCCCUCAAUAUUUCAUUAGAAAUUAACCAUAUAAAAGAUCUGGAGUUGGUUCCAACUAUUGAGCACAUUGCAUGUGGUAAUGUGGUAGCUGUUCACUACAGUACGAGUCUUACUGAUGGGGGUGGCUGUAGCUCAGUAUGUAGAACAGGUCAUCUACUUCAUCUACUUGGAAAUACACCUGUAGAUUGCAGGCAUUUUGUUUUAUCUACUUCAUUCAUGAAAUUCCACUGCAGUUCGUGUUUUUAAGUUACAUGAUGAGCGUAAGUAAGCAAUUUUAUCUCUAAGCAGUUUGAUAAAUACAGGCCUGGAUUUUAUGGGUCAGUUUGAGCAGAUAUUUGGGCGACGUGGAGUCCAGCUUCCAGCAGUUUUGAACAGAAACCUUCAGCUCUCAAUUAAAAUGGAGCGGACUUUAAAUGGCCUUCCUCCUCAUGUGUCACCAGCUUCUCUGAAGAGGGACCACAUAGAUGUCUUAAUUCCUUACGUUGGCCCUUUAUGUAUCAGUACAGUGCGCAUGUAGGCGCACUCCCAGAUGUGCACUGAAGCGUGCGUGUGAGCGGACGAGUUGAGACGUGCUGCCCCUUUAACCAAAUGUCAGUUACUUUAAAGUCGAGCGAGACUUUGUAGGACUUUCAGCUCAGUUUUGUGCGUCUGUUCCUGUGUGCGUGCCUCUGUGUGUUUGUCCCGUCUGUUCGUCUCUCGUGCGUAUCGUGGAGUGGCUACCGGUCAUGUGAGAGAGAGUGUUCCUCGCUGCUGUAGGAAACAUUUAAACCACCCUUGCUACUGUAAGUGUCUCCCUCCAUAAGCAGCGUGUUUUAUCCAGUUUUGCAAACUGUGUUGAAGAUUGUGAAUUUGUUUCCGGACCACAUGAUAAUGUGUUAGAGGCUGUCAAAAAUCCUGACCAAUAAUAAUUUU